AUGGCAGACGAUUACGACCCCAUGGACCCGCCCACCUUCAAUGCCGAGGACGAUGACAACGAGAACGAAGCCUGCGAUCCCGCCGAGUAUGGUAACUACGCUCAAGAGGACGGCGCCGACGACGAGGAUGACGACUACGACCCGACGAACCUCAACUUCGGCGAAAAUGCACAAGCAGAUGCAGCGCCGACCGAACAACCGUCUGCGCAGACAGCGCAAGCACCCAAGCAGCAGACAGUUGCCGGCUUCAUAGUAGAAGACAGUGAUGAUGAGCAAGAUGGGGAUGCGCCGUCGCCGUCGCAGCUGAAUGGCUCGGCCGGAGCACAGUCUGGCCUGGGUGCGGAGGCCGUCUCGGCAGCAAAGGAUGUAUCCUUAAGUAGUGCACCACAAGACACCGCUGCUUCAAGCACCAGUCUCAAUGGGUCCACCACUGUUGUUCAUGUCCCUACAUCAACUUCGUCCUCCGUCGUUCCAGAUUCCUCACUGCAACCAUCUGCUCCUGAUCAGGGUAAGGCGGCCACACCGACAGUGUCGGCCACGGCUUCGUUCGCUUCAACACCACAACCAGCAGCAGCGGCAGCAGCAGCAGCAGCAGGCAGUGCAGCAGGCAGCGCAGCACCAACUCCAGCUCCAGCACAGCGAGCGGCCCGGACGAAUGGUCCCGCAGCGCCAUUACCCACACGGCUUCCUCAUGACAAGGUCGGUCAGCUCGAGGAUCGCAUCAGAGACGACCCGAAGGGCGACACGGCUGCAUGGUUAUCAUUGAUUGAUCAUUACUACGCCAAAGGCCAGUAUGAGUACGCAAGAGACGUCUACAGACGCUGUCUCGCAGUCUUUCCCACAGCGGUAAGUUCGUUCUCUUCCCGCGAUAGCAUGCAGAACACGCUUCGACAUGCAGGGCAUUUCAAAUCGGAUCGCUCACGCGAUCUUGAAAGCCUCAAAAGCUAAUAUUUUAUCAGGUGACGCUGUGGGUGAAGUUUCUUCACAUGGAGAACGAGCUGGACGAGCGCGACAGCAUAAGCCGCAUACUCAACGAAGUUCUGAUGCAAGUUCCCAACGUGGAUCUCUGGAGAUUCUAUCUUGAUCAUGUUCGCCGCGCGCUACCACUCAUCAACGACACGGAUGGUCGUAACCGUAUGGAGAUCAACAAAGCCUUCGAGACGACCCUGGAUCAUGUCGGUAUUGACCCAGACUCUGGUUCGCUGUGGCAGGAGUACAUCGACUUCAUAAAGGAGUACCCAGGCACUGCUGGCGGAUCAUCGUGGCAAGACUUGCAGAAGGCCGACCUCCUUCGCAAGGCAUACCAGCAAGCGAUCAAGCUUCCGCACUCCAACACAAUAAAGCUGUGGAAGGAAUACGAGGCUUUUGAGAUGGGCUUGCACAAGGCUACCGGCCGAAAGCACAUCCAAGAGCAGAGCCCGCACUACGUUGAAGCGAGGAAGGCCAAGACUCAGCUAGAUCAGAAGCUGCAAGGUCUUGACCGAACAUCAAUGCCGCGUUUACCACCAAUAUACGGCUGCGCUGGCGAGGAUGAGUUCGGCUUGCAGGUCGAGAAGUUUAGAGCAUGGAUUGAAUGGGAGCGAGAUGAGGACCCGCUGGUGUACAAAGGAGUGGAAGAUGACGCAUGGCGAAAGCGAGUGCUCUAUGCCUACCGACAAGCGACCAUGUUUCUCUGCUUCUACCCACGAAUCUGGUUCGAUGCCGCCACCUGGUGCUUUGCGCAAGGCCUACCGAAUCUCACAGAGGAGGGCGAAAAGUUCCUCGAGAAAGGCAUCGAGCGGAAUCCGGAAUCUGUGUUGCUAGCGAUGAUGAAGGCCGAGCGCGUGGAGAGCAGUCUGGAGUCCGGAAAUACCGAGGAAGUGCUCAUUCGCAAGGGAAAGAAGCUCGACGUACCCUACGAAGACGUACACACAGCCCUGUACCAAUUACGUACCAAGCUGCAGGAGAAAGACAAGAGAGCGCUUCAGCAAAUCCAAGACCACUAUGCGUCUUUACCACCGGAGGAGGAGCCCUUGCAGAACCAAGAGGACGCCUCUGAUGAUGCGUCGGAGAAGCCCAAGACUCGUGACGAGCAAAUGAAAGCCGCAAUUGAGGCCGUCAAGGCUGCCUCGCAUGCACAGCUAGAAGUGCUGAAGCGCACAAUUUCCUACAUCUGGGUUGCCAAGAUGCGCGCAUUCCGCCGAGUCCAAGGUCAAGGCAAGCCCCAGAAGAAGGGCGAUGACAGCAAAGAGUUCGUGAAAGGCUUCAGAGGCAUCUUUGCGGACGCCAGACCACGCGGACCACUCUCCGGCGAUGUCUACGUCGCCUCUGCUCUCAUGGAGUGGCACUGCUACAAGGAUCCCGCAGCCAACAGAAUCUUCGACCGCGGCCUCAAGCUGUUUCCGACAGACGAGAAUUUCAUCCUCGAGUACAUCAAGCACUUGAUCACGACUGGCGAUGCUACUAAUGCACGCGUCGUCUUCGAGUCCACCAUUCCCAAGAUCAUCAACAAUGCCCAGCUUUCCCAGGAGGAGAAGCAGAACAAGUGCCGGCCACUAUUUGCCUAUAUGCAUGAUUACGAGAGCAAGUACGGUGAUCUGGCCCAAAUGCUCAAGAUAGAGAAGCGCAUGGCUGAGCUCUACCCCGAAGAGCCGGAUAUCAGUCGCUUCUGCUACCGCUUCUCCCUCCCUACCUUCGACGCAAUGGAUGUUCAGCUACUGCUGAGCCCAACACAAGCGCAGCCUAGAUCUGAAGUGCCGCAAAUUGCGGCGCCUGCACAACAGGCUGUCCCCAGCGUGGAGCAGGCCAUGAGCCCCAAGGUCCCCGAGAUCCUCCUCGGACCAAACGGACCAUAUGUCGCCAGCCCGAAGCGUCCUCUCGACGACUCGGACGCAGAAGCACCUCAGCGCAAGUUUCAGCGCGGUGAAUCACCUCUCAAGGGCGCUGCCGGGCAGCGUAUGCAGAACAACAAGCCGAAUGCUGCUGCAGGCGUCGGCGGCGGUGGCUUUGCCACCAAGACCUUCGUGCCCAACAACGUCGCCGCGCCACCACCUUUCGCUCCCAUCCCUCUGCCACCGGCCAUCGACAGGAUCUUGCGCGACUUGCCCAAUGCUGCAGCUUACGGAGGCCAAGCACGAUUCGAUCCGCCGAAACUAAUGGCAUUCCUUCCCACCGUCAACGUGGAGCAUGCGCGCGCCCGGUUCAAUGCAGGGGAGCCCAUCCGUCGCUAG